AGCUUGCUGCGCACACUUCCCCCAUUAUUAAACACUAUGUUCAAAAGGCGCCGGGGGACUUCCCGAAGCCACGGAGCCCGCGCCGCUCGCCCGCCUGGCCCUCGGAGCCCAUGGACCUGAGCGCGGCCGCCGCGCUGUGCCUCUGGCUGCUGAGCGCUUGCCGCCCCCGCGACGGGCUCGAAGCGGCCGCCGUGCUGCGAGCGGCGGGGGCAGGGCCGACCGGGAGUCCGGGGGGCGGCGGCGGCGGCGGGAGGACCCUCGCCGCGACUGCGGGCGCCUCUGCUGCCCCGGCCGCCGCGGCUCCCGGGCCCCGCGCCGCGCGCCGCGCCGCGGGCUCCGGCUUCAGGAACGGCUCGGUGGUGCCGCACCAAUUCAUGAUGUCGCUUUACCGGAGCCUGGCCGGGAGGGCUCCGGCCGGGGCAGCCGCCGCCUCCACCUCGGGUUCUGGCCACCACAGCCGCGCGGACACAAUCACCGGCUUCGCAGACCAGGCGACCCAAGACGAAUCGGCAGUGGAGACCGGCCUGAACUUCCUGUUCGACGUGUCCAGCCUUCCCGACGCCGAUGAGGUGGUGGGCGCGGAGCUGCGUGUGCUGCGUCGCGAGUCUCCGGAGCGGGGCCCCGGCAGCGCGACUCCCCCGUUGCUGCUGCUGUCCACGUGCCCCAGCGCCGCGCGCGCGCCGCGCUUGCUGCAUUCCCGGGCCACCGAGCCCCUGGACACCGCGCGCUGGGAGGUGUUCGACGUGGCGGACGCCUUGCGGCGCCACCGCCGGGAGCCGCGCGCCACCCGCGCGUUCUGCCUCUUGCUGCGCGGAGUGGCGGGUCCCGCGCCGGUCUCGCUGGCACUGCGGCUGCUGGGCUUCGACUCGCGGGGCGGAGGCGGAGCGGCGGCGGAGGAGCGCGCGCUGCUGGUCGUUUCCUCCCGCACGCAGAGGAAGGAGAGCCUGUUCCGAGAGAUCCGCGCCCAGGCCCGCGCGCUCGGGGCCGCACUGGCAGCGGAGCCGCCGCCGGAUCAGGGACCUGGCAUGGGCUUGCCGACGGUGGUCAUCGGCGGCCGCAGGCGGCGGCGGACGGCGUUGGCCGGGACUCGGGCAGCGCAGGGCAGCGGCGGGGGCGAGGGCCGGAGCCACGGGCGCAGGGGCCGGAGCCGCUGUAGCCGCAAGCCCCUGCACGUGGACUUCAAGGAGCUGGGCUGGGACGACUGGAUCAUCGCGCCGCUGGACUACGAAGCGUACCACUGCGAGGGCGUUUGCGACUUCCCGCUGCGCUCGCACCUUGAGCCCACCAACCACGCCAUCAUUCAGACACUGCUCAACUCCAUGGCGCCGGAUGCAGCGCCGGCCUCCUGCUGCGUGCCCGCGCGCCUCAGCCCCAUCAGUAUCCUCUACAUCGACGCCGCCAACAACGUGGUCUACAAGCAAUACGAGGACAUGGUGGUGGAGGCGUGCGGCUGCAGGUAGCAUGCGGGCCAGGCCGGGCCAGGGAGGGGGCAGCCGCGCCACCAAGGACUCCCCGCUGAGAGCAGCUUCGGGCCGAGCCUGUCACCUAGCGUGGCUGCGUGUCGGAGUCUGGCCCGGCGGCCGCACGAAGGAGGAAGAGCGCACGUUCACACACCAACACUCACACCCACACACUUAGUCACUCAUGCGCACGUUUACGGUGGAAGCAUCCGAAAGCCCCGGGAAGAGAUGACCUUGACGCUACCGAAUGUCACAGUCAUGUGUAUUUUGCAAACAGAUCACCAUUGCGCCCACCGCCCCCUUUUGGGGAGAGGAUGGCUUUGCAUUGCUGUUACAGUAACCGGCACCAAAUCGGGUAGAAACGGGUUAGGGAAUUGGGGGCUUCAGCAUGGGGGAGCUAAAGGGAUACUUGAGUCUCUUUUCACCCCUUUUUGUUUCCGGCUGAGUGUGGGGCACGGCCCGCUGGGGGGCAGAGUUCCCGGUGUUGCACCUGAGACCUACGGAAGGGCUGUAAUGCCCUUUCCGAAGGCUUGCGUUGCAUCGGGGCCAUUUAUUCUGGGGAGGAACCGCUGCAAAAGGCCUUAUCUUUUUCCUCGAACUUUCAAAAUCUAACAUUCUCCCAGUUUUGAAAAGGAACAUUUGUCGGAAAGACUGCAUUGUGGAGCUUCCCAGAUCUCUGCAACGGCCAGCACCACCUUUUUUAAAAAAUACAAAUUCCAAUUGGGAAUGAUCUAGAAAGUGGAAAGAAAAUUUUCGGAGGGGGGAGGUGAGAUGGGGGAGAGGUUUUAAAGCGCCAGUCUGACCUGACAUGUCAUCGGGUCGGGGGUGCGCGGCAUCUGUCAGUUUCUGCAGCUCCUAAGCUGGGUAGCCCGCGGUGUCCGCAGUGCCUUGGGGGCGCACAGGAGGAAGCUAGUGCAAUGUCUGGGGAUGGGGAAAGGGGGCGCUAUGGCUUUCCCUAGAGACCUGCCAGGAGGUUUUCCUAAGGAGCUGGGAGGAGGCUUCUAGGGUUUGAAAGAGGCCCGGAAGUGUCCUAGGGCGAACUCCUGCAGAGGACUGGGCCUUGUCUGCCGGGUAGGCACAGCCACCUCCAAAUGGUGCCCUCGAGUGGCCAACACGUGCUUGUGCUUAGCUAUCAAGGCUG